ACGCGGGCUCCGUCGCCGGGUGACGCUGCUGCCGCCGCUCCGCCGCCGCCAGCCCGGGCUCCGCAACAUGGCCCUCAUCGGCGAGCUGAUCAUGUGGUCUGACGUGUAAUGAACCGUCCUAUCCAAGUGAAGCCAGCAGACAGUGAAAGCAGGGGAGACAACGCAAACGAAGACCGGAAACUUUUUAUUGGUAUGCUAAGUAAGCAACAGACUGAAGAGGACGUCAAACAGCUGUUUCAGCCCUUUGGACCAAUUGAAGAGUGCACUAUUCUUCGUGGAGUUGACGGAGUUAGCAAAGGCUGUGCUUUUGUGAAGUUUUCGUCACACCAAGAAGCACAGGCGGCGAUCAACAGUUUACAUGGUAGUCAAACGAUGCCCGGAGCAUCGUCUAGUCUAGUGGUCAAGUUUGCCGACACCGAGAAGGAGCGCCAGUUGAGGAGGAUGCAGCAGAUGUCGGGUAACAUGGGCCUGCUGUCGCCGUUCGUCUUCAACCAGUUCGGGGCCUACGGAACCUACGCCCAGGUGGUGGAUAAUCAGCAGGCGGCGCUGAUGGCGGCGGCGCAGGGCAGCUACAUCAGCCCGAUGGCGGCGCUGGCGCACCUGCCACACGGCGCGCUUCCCAACGGCAUCCCCAGCACCAUUGUGCCCACGUCCACAGGCUCUGCUCCGUCGGCCAACGGCGUGAUCCCGAACAUGCCGUCGCCGACCAUGUCGACGUUCAGCGUGGGCGCUCCGCCCUCCUCGCAGCCGGUGGUCUCCGAAACGGGCGUCUACACCAACGGCCUGCAGCAGUCCUACCCGGCCCUGCUCUCGUCACCGACCCCGAUCAACGGCGAGGCGCUGCAGACCCAGCCGUACCCGGGCAUGCCGUACUCGGGCGUCGCCGCGUUCCCUCAACCCUAUCCCCCGAUCGUGGCGCCGCAGCCCCUGAUUCUGCCCCGAGAAGGGUGCAGCAUCAGUGGACCUGAGGGGUGCAACCUCUUCAUCUACCACCUGCCGCAAGAGUUCGGCGACGCAGAGCUCAUGCAGAUGUUCUUGCCGUUUGGAAACGUCAUCUCCUCCAAGGUCUUCAUCGACCGAGCCACCAACCAGAGCAAGUGCUUCGGGUUCGUGAGCUUCGACAACCCGGCGUCGGCGCAGGCGGCCAUCCAGGCCAUGAACGGCUUCCAGGUGGGCAUGAAGCGGCUCAAGGUGCAGCUGAAGCGGCCCAAGGACGCCUCGCGACCCUACUAGCGGCCGUCGCCCGCGCAGCGCAGAUUGCCCGCAGGAGCUUUGACGGCGGGAGGACGCGCCCGCGAGGCGCCCCAGUCCGACAUCCCUAGUCCGAGACCCGAGUCGGGUGCCCCCAGUCGAGCGUGCCCAGUCGGGCGCCCGAGUCGCGACCCUGGCAGCAGCGUCGUCCCAGCUCCAGCUGCGCGCGGGAUCAGCGACGCCCGCGGCCGCCGCACCGGCCUUUUCUUUGAUACUGAUCAGUGCAAUGUGGUGCAGUUCACAUGAGAGGCGACUUCCAGAGCGCGCUCCGCUGCCGAUGUAUCGGCGGUAGAGUCCGGUGGACGCGGCGGAGUGUGCAGGACAGUGCGGUAGAAUCCGGUGGACUCGGUUGACUGGAGAGCUGUGGCGCAUGGACCACGCAAAUAUGGCGUAGACGGUAGUACUUAGAUAUUUAUUGAUUGCGUAUUGAUUGUUGUGCUUUUUUGGGACGUUGCCGCCCUCCCCCCUCCCCAGGCGUGAUGCGUUUGCGUGACAUAACCGAGUUUAAUGACCCGGUUUCGGCACAAAUACUUUGGUGUCUGGUCGAGGAGGAGGGAGCUAGUUGCCAACCAUGUAUAUAUAGUUACACCCACGUAGUAUAACAAGGUGCUGGGAGUCUAGUUAUAUAUGAAUGAUGUAGAUUUAUUACAAAAAGCGAUAUAGGCCAUGUAGAAACUGAGAGCUUAAAGUAUGAAAGGGUUAGAAGUGAAUGUUUUCUGUGCCAUUCCAAAUAAGUUAUUUACUAUUAAGUAUCACACACGAUAGACUAACGUGGUGAAAGUUCCUUCAUUACUUGCAACAUUCUCAUGGAAUGUGCUGCAUGAUUUAAACUAUUCAAAGUGUAGGUUGCGAGAGCUGUUUUUGCAUGAAGUUUCAUUUGGGUCGUUCCAGUUAGAUAUUUCGUGGGACGGCGGUCAGCAACCGAUAUUUCAUAUUAUCACAAGAAAGGCCGAAAAUAGGUACGCAUGCAUGACACGCAGCGCUAUCUAACUUACAACAUAGUACUUAAAUGCUUGCCAAAGCUCCUUUUGACGGAGACGAAGUGUCUUUCAUAUCAUAUUUUCUUUAUCAGUUACACGACUGUGUAUUUGUAUUCAAAUCCCAAGUCCUAGGUAACAUUUGUCAGCUUCCUGGGCCGCUCAUUUACCGCGCCAGUUAAUUCCAUGAGAUCUAGUCAUUCGCAGUGCUUGUCAUAUGCCACGUAUCUCGAUAUGUUUCUAGUCAUGCUGGUCGUUGCUGCAAUCGUGGAUUAUGUUAGGUUGUUUUCACGCCUGCCGCGACGACUGGUGACCGGCUCCGUCGGCCAUCAGACAGAGCCACCUGUCCACUGCUGGUGGUCACGUGACACGUCACCGAGCGCGUCGGUCUGGACGCGUGACCCCAGCCCUCGUCCCGUCGCUCACGCCGGACCCGCUGGCGAUGGCGUUCAGCACCACUAGGAAAUUCCCAGCCGCGUUGUUGAAAUUCACAUGAUUCUAUCGUUGUUGACGAGUAUGUGGGGGUCCUCAAGGCGAACCAGUUGUACCGUUCUUCGAGCACGUGCGUUCUUGCCCUUCCCGCCAGAGCUGUCUUAUGGGUGCGACUAGGCGUGAGUCCGAGCCGCAGCUCUCGGAAGUGCUCAGCAUAUGGGUCACGCGGUGGUACUGAGCUGACCAGUGACGGAUGUGCGUUACUCCCCGGUUCCUUCUGUUGGGCACAAGCGCCAGUUCUGUUUGCUUGCGUCUCCUGUGCGUGGCUAGUAGUUCUUAGGCCGUAGAUGCUCCGACUCACGCUAGAAGCCCCGUGGCCGCUGUGUUUGCUUUCGCAUAUUAAGAUCUCCCCAGUUGUAUAUAGUAGAUUAUAUCACACGCACUAUGAGAGAUACGCAUGGCGCACGGGGCGGCGUAGCUGCGCCACAUAUGUACAUGGCGCCACGUGUGUCCACGGCGUCACGUGUCAUGGCCAGGGGUGGUUCAUGUGGCCACUCGCCGGCCGCGCGUGCUGCGUCCCAGAGGGGCACACGUGACCUCCCAGGGGCGUCACAUAUGGAGGCCCAGAGGUGGUACGCUGGUGACCCAGGGUGGACAGCGGAAAAAGGAGGUGUACUUCCCUUUGUUCGGUAGGUACACGGGACCAAAGGCGUCUAUUCUUCCUUUUCGGUUGUCCGAGCAAGUAGCCGAGCAGCAGCGCGUUGCAGUGUAAGCUAGCGUGCCCCUCUGGGCCUUCCCUAGUGAUAUCGCCUAGUCCUAGAGAUAUUACACCGCGUAUUUAGGCUAAUGUAAGUGCGGUGCAUGUGGCGCGCGCUGGGCCGCCGCCGCGGGCUCGGCGCACAGGCUCCGGGGGUGACACAAUAUCACGACUGUCGCGCCGGUCCCGGACGGACCGAGAGGGCGCGCGGCUGCAGGGCGCACCUUUUCCAUUGCGUGCUUCUGUCGAGCUGGGUCUCGGCUGUCUCAAGCAUAUCAGAGAGCGGCCGUGCGGGCUCCGCCGCGAACGUCGCCCCCUCCCCCUCCGCAGUCCAACCCUCCCCCCUGCCCCGCCGCCCCCUCCCACCGACGCGGCCGCUCGCACGCGUCCCAGCGCGCCCGGGGGCCGCCCACAGCAUAAUGAUACUCGCGUGGGCUAGUGCCGUGACUCCUGGUGAGGAGCCGAAGCGCACGCCGCCGCGGAGAGACCCGUCACCCCACGACACACCCGCGACACGUUGCCACCCACCUUCAGAACAUUUCCAUGGACACGGCGAAAAGCGAGAGUGAGAGUGAGACAGGACUGUCUGGGCGCGAGCGAGAUCAUAAGCGAGUUAUUGUGUGACUGAUCGACUGAUCAGAAAUCGCAGAUGACUGGGUUUGUGUUGCCGACUGCGUGUAGUUUAGUAAUUGAUGAUUUCUUGAGCAGUUAAUUGAGUGACUGAUCACGUGAGUGACAGUGAGUGAUUCGGUGAAUCAUUGGAGGAUUGAUUUAUUAAUUCAGAGUGAGUGAGCAUGCGGCUGGGUAUGACAGAGCUCCAGGAACUGAUGAGUGAUUGCCUCCAAGUCUCUUAACACACGAGAGAAGCGAGCAAGAGAAACAGGUGUGAACGACUGAUAGCAACAACACACUAUCAUGCGCCAAAGGUCACAUUCCACGCACGACGUCACUCCCCGACCGCUCGACACGGCGACGGGCCGGCCGUGACGCACCAGUGAGCUCGUGUGAGGCCACGUACAGGGUAUUCUCGUCACCCUCCGCGGCACAGCGUCGGGGCGCGGCAGCAGCAGCCCCGCGCGUGUCUGGACCCAGGUAGCUCCGCACGGUGCCGUAACUUGCAGCUUGCGUAUUGUAUAAAUACUAUUUAUAACAAAAUAUACUGGGCAAAGGACACAUG